AUGUCGAAACUCAAGGUCGCCGUAUCCCAGUCGCACACCCGGCAGUCGCUGGCCGACACUCUGACUGCCCUCGAGCAAACGGCUCGAAAUGCCGCUGCCCGAGGUGUGAACAUCCUCCUCUUCCCCGAGGCCUAUCUCGGCGGCUACCCCCGCACCGCGACCUUUGGCACAAAAUUCGGAUUCCGCGAGGCGGCCGGACGAGAGCAAUUCCUGCAGUACUUCAACGGCGCAGUUGAUCUCGGCGAUACGCCUGCCGGUGCGGGCGAUGACUGGGUCGAGAAGAAACUGCCCGUCGCAAAGGGGAAGCAGUACCGUGGGGACGGGACGCGUGAGACGCUCGAGAGGAUCGCGAAUGAGACGGGGAUCUUGAUUGUUGUUGGAGUCAUUGAGCGCGCGGGGGGCAGUUUGUAUUGCUCGGCGUUGUAUGUCGAUCCCAAGCGCGGGGUGUUGGGGAAGCGGAGGAAGGUCAUGCCGACCGGCUCUGAACGUCUCGUCUGGGCUCAAGGCUCCCCUUCAACCCUCAAGGCCGUCACCACCGAGAUCAAUGGUGUCCAGCUGACUCUUGCCGCUGCCAUCUGCUGGGAGAACUACAUGCCCCUCCUCCGACAAAGCCUGUACUCGCAAAACGUCAACCUCUACUUGGCUCCAACAGUCGACUGCCGCGAGACGUGGCUCCCCCUUAUGCGCACGAUCGCUCUCGAAGGCAGAGCCGUUGUGCUAUCUGCCUGCCAAGCUGGCCGAUACAAAGAACUGCCGGACUGGGUUACGCAGUCGGAGACUGACAAGACUGACAACGAUCCUGAGGCUUGGGCUUGCGGUGGAGGUUCCUGCAUUGUUGGACCGCUUGGUGAAGUCCUCGCGGCACCGACUUGGAAUGUCAAUGAUGAUAGCGAUCCGGAGGCGAGUUUGCAGGUUGUCGAGGUUGACUUUGAGGAUUGUCUUCGUGGACGACUGGAUCUUGACCUUGCCGGCAGCUAUUCGCGCAAUGAUGCGUUUACACUGACUGUUGAAGGGUUGGAUUUGAACCCACCGCCACUCUAG